AUGCAUUUCAUUUCCAUACUUCUUUUUUGCUUCUUUUUAUUGCUGGAUAGAGAAGUUGCCACAGCCAUUGACAUCAUAAACACAACUCAGCCUAUCAUAGAUGGUGAUACUAUGGUUUCAGCAGAUGGAACCUAUGAAUUAGGAUUUUUCAGUCCUGCAAAAUCCAAAGACAGAUACUUGGGCAUAUGGUAUGGAAAAAUACGAGUUCAAACUGUAGUUUGGGUUGCCAACAGAGAAACUCCCCUCAAUGAUUCGUCGGGCGUUUUAAGGCUCACCAACAAAGGAAUUCUUAUCAUUCUCGAUCGCCAUAAGAGUGUGAUUUGGUCUUCCAUCACAACAAGACCUGCAAGGAAUCCAACUGCUCAACUUUUGGAUUCAGGAAACCUGGUUGUGAAAGAGGAGGGAGAUAGCAACCUGGAAAAUUCCUUGUGGCAGAGUUUCGAACAUCCAACUGAUACAAUAUUGGCUGACAUGAAGAUAGGAUGGAAUAGAAUAGCAGGCAUGAACUUGUACCUGACAUCAUGGAAGUCAGCUGAUGAUCCUUCCAGAGGUAAUUUUACAUGCAUGAUGGUUCCUUAUGGAUAUCCUGAGAUAGUACUAACGGAAGGCUCGAAAGUGAAGUGCAGGUCUGGAGCAUGGAACGGUAUACUGUUAAGUGGUUUAACUCAAUUAAAAUCAACUUCCAAGUUCACAAUUGAAUUUCUUUUUAAUGAAAAAGAGAUGUUUUUGACAUAUCAUUUUCAUAGUAGCUCAAUUCUUUCAAGGGCCGUGGUCAGUCCAAAUGGAGAUUUCCAGGAAUUCGUGUUGAAUGAGAAAACACAAAGUUGGUUCCUGUACGAUACUGGAACUACAGAUAAUUGUGAUCGUUAUGCACUAUGUGGUACAAAUGGAAUAUGUAGUAUUGACAGUUCUCCAGUACUGUGUGAUUGCUUGGAUGGAUUUGUACCUAAAACUCCAAGAGAUUGGAACGUGGCCGAUUGGUCAAACGGUUGUGUUAGAAGGACUCCACUAAAUUGUUCUGGAGAUGGCUUUCAGAAGCUCUCUGGACUGAAGUUGCCAGAGACAAAAACGUCAUGGUUUAACACGAGUAUGAAUCUUGAGGAGUGCAAAAAAAAGUGUAUAAAGAACUGUAGCUGUACAGCAUAUUCAAAUUUGGACAUCAGGAAUGGAGGAAGUGGGUGCUUGCUCUGGUUUGGCGACCUGAUUGACAUAAGAGUUAUUGCUGUAAAUGAGCAAGAUGUUUAUAUACGGAUGGCUGAGUCAGAACUAGAUAAUGGAGAUGGCGCAAAGAUAAAUACAAAAUCCAAUGCGAAGAAAAGGAUCAUAAUAAGCACUGCAUUGUUUACUGGAAUUCUGUUCCUUGGCCUAGCCCUGGUCUUGUAUAUUUGGAAGCAGCAACAGAAAAAUAGACAAUCAAAUAACAUGCGCAAGAAGGAAGACCUGGAACUACCAUUUUUUGAUUUUGGUACCUUGGCAUGUGCAACAAAUAAUUUUUCCACUGACAACAAACUUGGAGAAGGCGGUUUCGGACCAGUUUACAAGGGAACAUUAGCAGAUGGACGAGAAAUAGCUGUCAAGAGGCUUUCUAGGAAUUCGAGACAAGGACUUGAUGAGCUCAAAAAUGAGGCAAAUUACAUUGUGAAACUUCAGCACCGGAAUCUAGUGAAGCUUCUAGGAUGCUGCAUUGAAGGAGAUGAAAAGAUGUUGAUCUAUGAGUUCUUGCCCAACAAAAGCUUGGACGUUUUAAUUUUCGAAAAAACACACAGCUUGCAACUAGACUGGCCCAAGCGCUACAAAAUUAUCAAUGGGAUUGCUCGUGGAAUCCUUUAUCUUCACCAGGACUCAAGACUAAGAGUAAUUCACAGAGAUCUGAAAGCCAGCAAUAUUUUGUUGGACUAUGAACUGAGCCCAAAAAUUUCAGACUUUGGCCUGGCUAGAAGUUUUGGAGGGAAUGAAACCGAAGCCAAUACUAAUAAAGUGGCUGGUACAUUCGGCUACAUAUCUCCUGAGUACGCAAAUUAUGGACUCUACUCACUAAAUUCGGACGUCUUCAGUUUUGGUGUAUUGGUGCUAGAGAUAGUAAGUGGGAAAAGAAACAGAGGAUUCUGUCAUCCAGACCACCACCUCAACCUUCUUGGGCAUGCUUGGAAACUUUUCAAAGAAAACAGGUCUGUGGAACUGGCUGCAGAAUCCUUUGUUAUAACAUGCAAUUUAUCGGAAGUGUUACGUUCAAUUCACGUGGGUUUAUUAUGUGUGCAAGAAGAUCCAGAAGACAGGCCAAACAUGUCGAAUGUAGUUUUGAUGUUGGGUAAUGAAGAUGAAUUGCCCCAUCCUAGACAACCAGGUUUUUUCUUUGAAAGGGAUCUGAUUGAAGCAGCUUAUUCUUCCAGCCCGAGCAAACCAUGUUCAGCUAAUGAAUGCUCGAUUUCAGAGUUAGAACAAAGAUAGAUUGCUUGUCGUUCUGAUAUAUUGUUUCUAAGUAUUUUAUGCUUACUGUACUAGGGACAUAUGGAUUAGUCAUCUCACAAAGAAAAAAUGUGUUUUGAUUACUUGGUCGACAGUCACCAUGUAUCGACGUUAUGUAAGGCAGGUGUUUGUGUCAACAUUCUCAUGGAUAGAUCUUCUGAAACAUUUUGAACGUAAAAAACCAUUCAGGAUUA